UGGCAUUCAGAAAUGAUUUCAUAUUGUGUCAUACUGUAUAGCUAAACCUGAGUAAUCCUUCACUGUAUGCUUUAUUCUCCGUGACUCUGUGUUGUUUCACACAGGUUGGUAAAUUCUUCGGGGAAAUAGAUGGAUCAGUCAUGGCCCAAUUACAAAAAUCUGGCUUGUUUAAAAGGGUGACUCUGUAUGACUACCAGGCCAUGUGUAAGAACGCCCAUCAUCACGCUAGUGGAGCUCGACCACUGCUCAGCCCUUUCUACGGUCUGCUGGCAAUAAUAAAAUGGUUCUUCUCACAUUUUGUGAUGUUUCUGUUGGAGUUCAACAUCUGCGGACUUUGGCAUAAUGACUAUGUAGUGGAUGCUAAAGCUGGGUUUCAUGCGAGUGAGUAUCCACAUGCGUCCUUGAGCACAUGUCCUUCAUCUAGUUUGUGCCUUUCUUUAGCCAGGAUCCAACUAGAGCCUGACAUGGUCAUUUGUAGCGAAUGAAAUGCCUUAGUCAUCUGUAGUGCCUUUAGCAUGGAAAUAGGUUUUCUAGACAAAAUAUUAGUCUAGUCUGAAAGUUUAGGAGAUCCUGAUUUAUUGUGAGAAU